AUGUGUGAAUUAUGUCUUUUUGAAAUCGUUGCGUUGCCGCCCCUGCAAGCGCUCCACCUCAUCCCAGCGCGAUCCCGCGUAUUGUCCUUUUACUGUAUGUUUCUUCUCCGGCCGGAAUUUUUUCGUUGCUCCGCGCUGCGCUCCGCCCCGCCAAACUUAUUCCGACUAUCCUUCUCACAUCCCAACCAACACCAACAACCAACGCCCGCCACCCAUCCCGACCCCACCUCCCACGACUCCCGCCCUCUACUAUAUUUCCGUGCUGGUCACCUCGAGACCUGGUCCAGCACGGUCUGAAGCACUCGCUUCGCCACGGUUGACUGCCCCUAGCCACCUAACGGAUAAUAAUUCACGCAUACGCCCCUCUGUCAAAUUAAGCUGCGCCCACGCACAUCGCCAUGACGCCAGACAAAGGCUCCAAGGCCCGCGGCAUCCUCGAUCGCCUCUCCGCGUUGGAGGAGUCGCAGGACGUCAUGAUCAACAAGCUGCAGUCCAGCCACGCAACCGAGAUGGCCGCCCUACGGGAAAAGCUCGCCGCAGCGGAGCGACGUCGCAGCGAAGCGCAGGAGGCGGCAGCCGCCGCAGAGAUCGACCAGCCGCCAUUCCUCAUGCAGGUCGACAUGCAGGGCGUCGAAGCCGCGGUCUACGCUGCCUCGCUGGCGGAGCAGGAGUCUGCCCAAGCCCUGGAAGAGGCCCGCGACGUCGCCGAGAAGGCCCGUCUGGCCGCGGGUGGCAUCCCACAGGCGAUUCGUGAGGCCACCAAGGAGGGAGACCUUGGCUAUGGCGCUGACAGUGAGUACAUUGUCAAGAAGGUGAGCGUGAAUUUGGAUGAUGUGGAAAGAGUCGUCGGGAGUAGUAACUUGGUCAGCGUGUGUCGCGCGUUUGGGCGCCCGGAUUCAAAGUAUGGCAACGAAGUGUAUUGUGCCGUCGUCCCGAGGAGGAACGUCCGUGUGUCCGAACCGAUGCUCGUUAUUCACGCCCAGAAGCAUCUGCCGACGGCCAUGGUGCCCAAGAGGUUCUUCUUCUUGGAGGACCUGCCCUCGGGGAUUACGCGUAGAGCGCUCGCGGAUACUGAAAUUGGCAACGAGCUCGGUAAGAAGCCCGCCUUGCUUGAGAAUUGAUUUUUUUACCGCUGCGCCUGAGUGCCGACCCACGUCCGUCCGCUUGUUUUCGACGAUACAAGUCCGUAUUAUUACGUUUCCAUAUUAUGCUCUGCUUUGCUCGUCCCUUCACUCGUCGCGGGACGCUAAUGGGUAUUGUACUGGGAUAAAGAUUCACGCCGGCUGGCGUGUCGCUCUGUCGUCCUUCGAGAGAGACGCAUGCCGUUCUGCGAGGUCGAUCUCGCGCUUGUCCGUUUCGUUACCCGCGAUCGAGUAGACGAGUUUCACGAGCUGCAAGAAACACAAAAAUAAAUAAACCACCAACCACACUAA